CACAAUUCGAAACAUGGACUUGUUUCCGCAGUACUGUAGUGUGAUUAAAUAUUUAAAGAAAUAUUCUCAUAUAAAAAUGUUUGAAAAUCACCUGAUCAAAACAUUUCGUGGGAAAAAACGACCAGUAUGUGUCAUUCCAGUUUAUCUUGCUCUGCAUGAUUUAUUAGAAGAAUCAGGGCCGAGUCUAAUGUUCGCUGUGUAUCGGUUCUCAAAACUAGAAAAACUUCUCCAAGAACUAUUUACCUACUAAAGAAGCUAAGAAAGUCACUUAUUCUGAAAAUAAUAAAAAAAUUGGUUACAAUGGCCAAAGUAUGCCUCAGGAGAGGAUAUCGGCAAGUUUUUCCUGAUUGCCACUAACUCGUUUCACAGCGAAUAUAUGUAUUUCUGGGUUAGACGGACAUUGUUAAAACAUUUCUAACAAUAAUGGGGGACUGGAUUUGUUUAAAAAGUCGAUAUUGCAAUGCGAAUCACUGACUUGUAGUUAAAGGGCGCUGAUCAUCCUCUUUUUGCAUCUUCAGUAACAUAUCUUUUAACAGUAGGAAUAAUAUGUGUAGUUAGGAUAUAGAGUUAAAGUAAGUGUUGAGAAAUAACUGUAAUCUGUGUGUUCAGCAGUUGGUUUAAAGCUUCAAUAGAUUUAUCUCUCAAAAAUGAUGUUUAUUAAACGUUCAUCUGAUGUCAGUCAUAAGUUUUAGAAUGACAAGUUAGUUAUCUAUGUCAUAUCUGCUCGCCUGCAAGUCCGUAUCCUUUGAACAAAGAAACCUUGUUCUGAUUGGAUUCGUGUUUGUUUAUAUAUUGUAGAUAAUAUUUUGUCUUGCGGUUGAAAUCGAUAUACUAUCGUGCGAUGAUGAUAUAAACUCUAUUAUUGUGGAAGUAAUUUUCACAGACAUUUUAUGCAUCCCAGACUACAAAUUUACUAAAGAUUGUUUGACUGUCAUAGAAGGUGUUGUUAUAGGAAUAACACAUGUUCAUUCGUUCACCAAAGCAGUUCUGUAUUCAUGUCCAGAACAUCUUUGUCCGGGAAAUAACAAUUACUUUAUCCAACAUACAACGGACAUUUACAAAAGGUUGACGAGAUUCCAAUGCAAAUUUUGUCAUACAGAUCUGAGAGAAGAAAUGGAGAAGAGGUUGUUCUCAAGUACGUUAAUAAGUUUCGAAACGUUUUAAUUCAGAAAUUAGACUUAUUGUCAAGCAAAACCGUACAGAUUGUCAUUCAAUUUAUUUAUUUUCACUCGCGAACUAAGUUUUCACUUUAGAUAUUCCAAUUUACAAAAUUUUGAUUCCUUGUUUUGACAUUGCUUUGUAACGCACGAAAUUUACUUUCCAUUUUAUUUAGUUAUUACUUUCAUCUUGUGAAGCCAAUAAUGUUUAAUUACACCAGGUUUCCUUACAGUAUUUUAAAAAUUGUAACCAUUAAAAACUAACCACAUUUGCAAAACAUCAUUUCCGGCUGAAAAAUAUGUCCUAAAAAACAAUAUGUGAAAUAGUUCAUAUCUGAUAACUCAUUUGAUAAGAAAAGUGUACUUAAUUGUAAUUUAAAAAAUGAUAUUUGUUUACUCAUUUGUAUGUCAGUUUAUUAGAUGUAAAAGCGUUCAUACAAACUGAUGAUGUUACGAUUUAGUGAUAUCGAUUAAUUUAAUCUCUGCAAUCUUAAAACACUAGGAUUUUCAUUAUCUUAAUUAUAUAUUGAAAAUAGCAAAAAUAACUGAUGAUAAAUAUUUUAAAAAAUGCACCCAGGCAUUUAAUCAAUUUAAAAUUACAAGUCUUAGUUAAAAAUAUCGGUUUAAUUUACUACCUGGUACAUUCUUCAUUGUUUUAACACACAAAUAAUGUAUUAAACCAAAGGAACUAUUUCAAACACAAUUUACUCAUUGAUAACCAAGCAACAAGGCAAAUGAUCCAUGUAGUUGCAAAAUGUAAAGGGGAUCAGAAUUUAUAUGAAGUAAUAUAUCAAGAAAACUGUUAAGCUUUUAAGAAACAAUUUUGAAUUUUUCUUAUAAUUUGGGGAGAACAGAAGACAAAUGAUCAUCUAGGCAACGAUAGUUUCCUAAACUGGGGUUAAUAUGCUAGAAGGGGAAUAACAGAGUCCUAAUUAUUUUAACAUUUGAAAAGUUAGUUGUCAUAUCAAUAUUUUAAGAGCUUCGGUUUGUAUUUGCAAACGCAUUUUCGCAAACCGUUCCUAUACAAGCUGAUAUUUAUCAUUAUUUCUGAUCAACAGAUUUCAUCAAGCCCGCGUAACAAUUCAUUUUAGAAUGUAACAAGUACUGGUCCAUAUAAAUCAUUUUCGGAUCAAUUCUUACACAAACUAUUUUGUUUAUAAUCAGAAACCAAUAAGUAGUAUGAAAAAGUCAAACUUCCUUCAACUGUAGUUAUUUUUGAGUCCCAAACAUCCAGUCUGACUACUAACUUUCGUUUCAUUAGGCUUAAAUAGUUAGCUAGUAAUUAUAUUAGUUUUCUGGGUGUAGUAAUGAAUGAUGCUAGUAUUAAAAUUUAAUGCGUCCUGAUGAAAAUAAAGGUUCAGAUAUCUUGAUACAUGAUUGUUAUGCUGAAGAGAAUUUUUGGCUAAAGCUGACAUCUUUUAAACCGCAUACUACUACGGAGACCGUAAAAUUUCGCAUUUAUAUCAAAUAAAGAACUAAAGUUAUUGUUGAAUAUCCCAUUUAUAAUGCUUAGAAAGAGUGGAAUUUCUCUUACUACCAAACCCGGAAAACGGAUCAGAAAUUAUUACAUUGAAUAGAAGCGUUAAAUGCACUGUUUGUGAUAAACUAAUUUCCAAACUUAAAUUCGGAAGAAGAUGCUUCAUUUCUGGUGUUCCUCAUCUAAAAAAAGCUGAUCGUUCAUACCAAUGGGAGUUCAAGGUUUAUGGGAUUGAAGAUUCAUUCAUUAGUUCUAUGGACCCUUGGAAAUGCGUUCUCACUACGGUUGUAGAAAAUUUACCUAACUAUAUCCGUGCAUAUGAAUUUGGCAUCGCAUUCACGUUCGCAUUCAUGUUCUUAGAUAAUGUUACGAAACCCGGCACUUUUUUCCUGUUAAAGUGGCUUCUACUCUUACUUCUAGUUCAAAAUGAAUUCACAGAACCUGAUGAAAAACUUUUAUUUUCGCAAGUCUCAUGUAGACCUCCAGCUCUACUUUUAGUGGGACCCCUAGGCGACAACUUAUCAAAUAACCUACUGAGAGCAGCAGGACAAUUUUCAAAACCAUUUUGUGAGCACAAGCCUGGGAGUAGUAUACCUCCGACAUCUUUGGAAGUGGACUUCAGUGGAUCUAAGAAACCAAAUGUAAAAUGCCUUUGGAAAACUACAAAGAAACAGAAUACCUUACAAACGAAGUCUAUAGAGCUGGAUAAAUUGUGUACGAAUGAAGAACAAACAGUUAUGUGUAGGUUUUGAGUUUGAAUUUAGAUAGACUGGAUGAUUAUGAUCCAACUUUCAGUUGAACCUCAAGAUACUCCAUCUAAUUGGUAUCCAGUACUUAUCUGUUUACGGAAACCAAGUGGUAAAAGAUCAGUAACUAAACAUUUGUGAAAUUUAUUUUUCAACGAAGAAGACUCGUAACUGUUUUAAUAUACGUUUCCACAGGCAUUCAGAGUUUGGCGAUUUUAACACCAGGAGUUUUCCUGAUAUAUGUUUUGAGAGAACUGGAGAUUUUGCGUUAUGAGCGAUGAAGAUAUAAAGUUAUCAUCAACUGUUCUACUAAAUGUUUUCAUUUUACAGACUACCGUUUUAAGAAAUAACAAACCAGAUAGACAAUUUUGAUAGCUAUGUAAAUUUAGAGCUAAACUUUUAAAGCCAAGUCAUUAUUCAUGGUUUUGUAAAUUUUACAAAGUUAGACCAGUAAUUUAUGUAACAGCCCUCUGUUAGCGGUACAUGGAUUGGAUUAAAGCAUGUUCCAUGCACGAUUGUGCUGGUGCACAUUGAUUAGCUAAUUCAUAUCCAAUCAGAGCUAGUCGAUACUUCGAGAAGACUCGAGGAUCUUCUCAUGUAAAAACUAUAAAUAUACUAACGUUUUUCUUACUGUGGUUCUUCCUUCCAUAUACCCUUGUUAUCUGGAAUAUAAUUUGGUUCCUGUUCAACCAUGGUCUGAUUUGGGGACUAGUCGAGUGAAUUAAUGUCCAGGAUUACUAAGCAAUAGGAAUAGCUGGGUCGUUACAUGGGAAAAUUAAAACACUUUCCAAAUUCUAGACUCAAUGAAGAACUGCUGCAUUAAGCAAUACAAAUCCUAUGAAACUCCCAACUUACAUACUCUCCGCUUCUUUGUAAUCUACCAACUAGGUGGAACUAUAGAACUGGCUUCUGGAGGAAUAGCUUAUUUCCCAAAUUUGGAAUUUUAUAAGAAAAAGGAACUAACUAGUCUCGUUUACGCUUUAGAGAACAUGACCGUGGGUGACUCAUAUUCACGUUGUGGGGUUAAUUUGACAUCUGUUCAUAAGGUCAGCGAAGAGCUAUUUUACCCUAAUGAAACCACUAUUUGGGCUACUGUUGAAGUUAAUCCACUGCAAAGAAAAAAAGUCGAAGAUCCAAUUGUUAAACUUUCACAAAAUUAUUUAUCUGAUAGAGAUAUUUUUAUUGAAACGAUGGUAAAAACAAACGAGAAGUGUACCAAUUUACUGCUCAAUGGAAAUUUGAAAAGAGUUAUACACGCUUUCGAUAUAGUUGUCAAUACUCAAGAGGCUUCCGGCCCAAUCAAGCUCAUGGAUGGAUCAAUAGCGGACUUCUGUUUAUCAGCAACAUGCAAUUUGGAAACCGUAAAAUCUUCAGGAAAGUCUUCACUCCCAAAUAUGAAAAUUUACUCAAGUCUUCUAGAUACAUGCAAGAAGGCACCUACAGUGAAAAUGGAAGAAAAUGCUAGUAAAUUACUGCAAGUUUACUAUUUGGCAAUGAGGCGUUCAUCCGUUCGAGAUCGAAAAACAGCUCCAGCGUCUGCAUUGCCCACAUUAUUUAAAUUGGCCAAAAGUAAUGCUAAGAUUAACGGACGCAUUGUUGCAAACGAACUUGAUGCUACUGUCUCAAUUUAUAUCUACGACACUUUUAUUCCAAAUCAGACAGGUACAGACUACCUUGGGUCAAAAUCAUUUCACUAUAUCACUGGAAUGGAACAAGAGUCAUUGGAAGAACUGAAUAACAUAUUGGGAUCAAUAAACAAGCAGCUGAAGGACUUAAUCAAUGUUGCCAUGGAUGAAAUGUAACCAACAUUAUUGUCUGUUGCGGUACACGUUUUGCUAAAAAAUAAAUUUAUUCAAUACAGA